UUAAAGACAUUUUAGCUGGAAGAUGCUAAUUAUCAAUGAGGAGAAAGUGACACCUGAAGAGUUCAUCUUCCAUCUUGGUCCCUGUUUUCUCCUUUGAACUCUCUCUCUCCAAGGCCCUCUUUCCCACUUCAUCACUUCUCCCCCACCAUCAUAAAAGAGAGCUCUGCCCUGGCCCGAGGCAGAACUUUCUCACUUGCCAGGGAGUCCUUCUCUCUGCAGCUGUCUCGCAGGCAUGGACAACCUGCACGAGACCUUCCUCAGCCUUGAAGAUGGCUUGGGCUCCUCCGACAGCCCUGGCCUGCUGGCCUCCUGGGACUGGAAAAACAGGGCAGGGCCCUUUGAGCUGAACCAGGCGUCCCCCACUCGGAGCAUCUCUCCAGCUCCAUCACUGGAGUCUUACACUUCUUCUCCCUGUCCAGCUGUGGCUGGACUGCCCUGUGGGCAUGGAGGAGCCAGCAAUGGAAGCAGUGAUGGCUGCAGCGGCCGCGGGACCGGUGGCCUGGUGGAGGUAGACUACAAUAUGUUAGCUUUCCAGCCUGCCUACCUGCAGGCCGCUAGUGGCCCCAAGCUCCAGAAGGGCACCAAAGUCAGGAUGUCUGUGCAGCGGAGACGGAAGGCCAGUGAGAGGGAGAAGCUUCGGAUGAGGACCUUGGCAGAUGCCCUGCACACCCUCCGGAAUUACCUGCCACCCGUCUACAGCCAGAGGGGCCAGCCGCUCACCAAGAUCCAGACGCUGAAGUACACCAUCAAGUACAUCGGAGAACUCACAGACCUCCUCAACAGCGGGAGGGACCCUCGGCCCCAGAGCGCCUGAGUCCCAGCAACUCCACUGGCCCCGUCUCUGGGCGGGAGACAGGAGCCUUACAGACCUGGUCCAGCUCAGGGAACA